AUGAAAUUCUUGUUCAGAAGAAAAAGGAGGUCGAAGAAUAAGCCAACUGCAACUAAAUUUAAGGUGUGGUGUGGUGUGGCUCCCAACGAUAAUAAUAAUAAGGUUGACACAAACAGGCAGGAAGCUGCCUUCUCCCGCUAUCAGGAAGCCCCUGAGGUGCCUGUUGAGUCGCCUGAGGCUGCAGCAGCAGAGACAGUGCCACAGGAGAAGAAAGAUGGGGAUGAAAACAAGGAGACUACUACUUUGUGGGAUGAGGAAGGAGUUCCAGUUGAGGCAAAGCCAAAGGAGGAGAAAAAAGAGGUAGCAGAAACAGUUGAAGUAAAGGAUGAAGAAAAAGAGGCAGUAGAAACUGUUGAAGUAAAGGAGGUAGAUGGAAUUGAAGCACCCAAGGAGAAGAAAGAGGAAGUAGGAACCCAUGCCGUGCCAAAGGAGGAUAAGAAAGAAGAGUAG